CUUUGAAAAUUAUGUUUUCUAACAAAAGCCAAAAACUUUCAUUAUGUCUCUGAUUUUCCAAUAAAGAUGACGAGAGCUUAUGGAAUUAGAGAUUAACACAUGCCAAAAGAACUUUUCAUAACACUUCUUUUAAUUUAUUGAUCCUUCUGUCAGGCUCUUGCCCUUGCAGCCGUCCUUAUUAAUUUAUAUAAGUUUACGGAGAAAAUGUUCGCGUUGACAUUGUUUUAAGUCGUUGUUCUGAUUCAUGUUUCUGGAGACAAUUGCUUUCACUUGUUAUGGAUUUGUCCGCAGGAAUGAAUCUUAUCGCCUAAUCAGAUCAAGGUUUCGAAGUGCAAAUUUGCUUAAGGAUAUAUUUGUAUGCCAAUUAGGCUGAUUAUGGUACCUUUUGCUUUUUACCCUUGUCCAAAUCUUUUUUUUUUUUUUUUAACUAUUCGGACAACUCUGCUAAAUUGUGCAAAUAACUAAAAGUUCCAAAUUGGUGGAUGACAUGUUAAUGACUCAACCUGAGCUGGAUUAAACAAACUUAGUCAAUUUAACAGCACUGUCAUAAAGUCCAAGGAUAUGGACUUUUACUCCAUUUCAGACAUAUAUAAUACAAACAUGCUCCAAUUUCUACUAAUCUUUCUUUGGCCGGCUUUUAGCUCAUGCUCAACUCUAAUCACUACCUUUCUAGUUUUCCCUUUCAUUUCUCUGAUUCUAUCACGUAAUCAGUAUGGAUUUUGGUAGCAGAAAGACGAGAUUUAAGAACAGGACUCCCAGGGCGAUUUCACUUCAGCCUUUGCGUUGUUCUGUGGAACAUGGAAUUGAAAUUGAAGGCAGAGAGAUGGUAAUAGCUCCUGGAAAACAAUUAAAAGUUAGAGGAAAUCAGUUCUCUUACGAGGAGACAGUUCCCGAGUUUCAUGGUAUGUUACGUAUCAGAUUCGUCGGAGAAGAGAACAACGCUGCUACCAUCACAGCCCGGCACGUAAGGCUUUGCGCGGAUAUAUUCUUUAAUGAGGAUCGUAAUCAUCGCCUUUUCGUAACCGCUAUUCAAGAGACAAUCCUGGAUUACAUACCGUUCAGCUGGUUACUAAAGAAUCAGGGAAAACCUGAAGUGGUAAUAUUUAUGCAGCCUGAGCCGCCGAAUUUAGAUGGCAUUGCUGGAGCUGCAAUGUCAGAGAGGAGCUAGCCAGCUAGAGAUAGAUACCACGUACAGCCCUAUCUGUGGUUUUUACUGUUCUCAGGUUUUUGGUGUACUUGUGGAUAGAGGGGUUUUGUAAUUGUAAUUUAGGUCAGUCAUGCGAGAUGUCAUGAACCACCCAUCAUUGAAUAGGCUUUUAAGACGGACACGAUGGUGAUGGAAUGUAGAUAAAAUUAUGAGGGGCAGUCGACCGGCACUAGCAAUGUAAAUAAGUGGCUUUAUGGUUAUAUAUAUACAUGCAUAUGGGUGGCCCUUUGUUGUCGCCAAAAUGUAAAAUGUAUUAUAUGUUAUAUAUGAGUGACCCUUCGUUGUCCCCAAAAUGUAAACUGUUAUUUAGAACUUGGUUGUCUGUUUAUAUAUGCAUGGGUGGUCCUUUAUUGUCACCAAAGUGUAAAAUGUUAUUUAGAAGUUACUCCAUGUUUAUAUUUGCAUAUGGGUGUCCCUCUGUUGUGACCAAAAUGUAGAAUGUUAUUAAGAAAAACUUUAGACAUCUUAGCAAUGUGCACUCUUUAACAAUAGUCAGCAGGUAUCUUUUAGUGGGCAGAUGCAUAAUGCAAUGGAGUUGAUAUGCCAGAACCUGCCUUACCAGGGGCAAAUGAAGUUAAAAAAUUUCAUUGAUUAUUCCGGAGAAAAGAGAAAGCAGCUACUUCAUGGAAAAGGGGCCUAAGUAGCUUAUUUUUUGCUUGGUUUGAUUGGAAACUGAAGAAAUUACUUGUACAUCUGCAAAGAUGAAUCUCAUUGACCAUGAGUUCUUGAUGGGAUGGUGUUCUACAUCAAAUGGUUUCUUAUGUUCUGAUUGGGCCCGAGGCCGACAUUGAGCAAUUACUCUGUAUCAGAUGGGUUUUCUAUUUCUUAGUUGGGCUAGACCACCAGAGACCUUCUUCCAUUAAGAAAAGAAAAGAAAGUUCCCGUUUGGGGAAUUAUUUGUUUUUAAGAAAUAUUACUUAAGAAAUUAGUUUAUUCUCUCU